AUGUGGUGGUGGAAUUUACCGCUAGCGGCCACCAUUCUCCUUCUAUGGAUGCCGUCCGCAACAGUCGUCGCCGAUGACGACAAUCCGAUCACCACCAGAUUCCAUUGUUUGAAGAAUGGCUGCUGCGAUCAUCACGAAUGGUGCCGAUUUUGGGCGUCGGUCGGCGAGUGCAAGACCAACGCCCAAUGGAUGGUGGACAAUUGCCAAUUGGCGUGCAACACGUGCCAUCGGCCGAGACGACCCACCGCCGCCAAGCCAGCGCCAAAGCGUCGCCCGCCGCCAAAAGCGGGCGCGCGACGCCCGCCACCAACGACGCAACGUCCGUUGGUCACCCGACGACCAACAUUCCAUACGACGAUUGCGACAAGAGUCACGUCGACGCACGUCACCCCGCAGGCAAUCAGCACGAGAAGCAUUAACCUAAACGGCCGCAAGUCGGUCACCCGCAAGUUUUUCAUGUUCUUCCAUGGCACUCAAACGACGACGCCAUCCACUACUACGAGUUCUACGACGACAACGCCGAUCACCACAACGACACCAAUACCUACAACUACUACCACCACCACCACUACUACCACUACCACCACACCUCCACCACCACCACCACCAGCACCAAUUAGCGUUGCGCCAAGACGCCCGCCACCAAGGCGGCCGGCGUUCCGCGGUCGCGUUCGCUCAACGAUUCGCCCGACGCCUCGCGUGUUCACCAUUGUCACCGCGCCGCCGCCAACGACACCGCGGCGAACGUUGGCGCCGUUCACGACGACGACGCAGUUUGUCAGCGCGCCGCCGACGACGACGCGAUCGUUCGCGAUCAACGCGAACAGCCAACGAUGCCGCGAGAUCAUCAACGAUCCGGUGGUGGCCGCCGAGGACAUGUGGCGAGAGCGGCUCGCCGUCGCCGUCGAGGACAACUCGCGUCGGCAGACCGUCGAUCUGGAUCAGGUGAUCCGAUCCAACACCGCCAACGCGUGCACCCCGCGAUUGGACGAGGCCGACUGCGAGUCGAACCUGUGCUAUAACGCGCUCUAUCGAACGAUGGAUGGCACGUGCAAUAAUAUGAGAGGCGAGCCGCUUCGCGGAGCAUCCUACCGCCCCUAUACGAGACUAUUGCCCACCAUUUAUGACAACGAGCUGUCCGAACCUGUUGGUUCGCUGUUCCCACAGAUGCGACCUUCGCCGCGCGAGAUCACCCGGAAGCUGACCUCAUCGCACGCUUCUGUCGAGGCGCCCGACUUCAACGCGCUCAUGAUGCAAUUCGGGCAGUUCAUCUCGCACGACAUGGCCAAAACCACACUGGUGCCGUCGUCGAAAUGCAACGUCUGCCAGAACAUCACGAGUCGCUGCAUGGCGGUGGCGUUGGCCGACGACGAGCCGAACGCGAGCUUCCGGCAGACGACGUGCAUCAAGGUGUCGCGCUCGUCGCCGAUUUGCGGUUCGGGAAAUCGCAAACCGCGACAGCAGCUCAACGAGAACACUGGCUAUAUCGACGCGUCGCCGAUUUACGGAUCGUCGGUUCAUGAUUCGAAGAAGUUCAGGGAUGGGACGAGCGGAUUUUUGAAGUUGCCGAUGUUCAAUGGAAUGCAGAUGCUUCCAUUCGACCAAUCGAAUUGCCGAAAUCGCAAUAAUUGCAAAGUGAUAUUUACGGCAGGCGACAGUCGUGUCAAUUUGUUUGUUGGACUCUCAGCGUAUCACACGAUAUUCACGAAGGAGCACAAUCGACUUGUGAACGCAUUCAAACGAUUGAAUCCGCAUUGGGAUGGCGAGCGACUCUAUCAGGAAGCGAGAAAGGUUGUUGGAGCUGAAGUGCAAGCGAUCGUCUACAGAGAAUGGCUUCCGAAGGUGCUCGGCGCCGCGUUUUCUUCAGUAGUCGGCGAAUAUCGAGGCUACGAUCCCAAUGUUGACUCAACGGUUGCCAAUGAGUUCACAUCGGCGGCGUUCCGAUUCGGGCACGGCAUGAUCCAGGAGGUCUACCAGCGACUUGACCCAUCAUUCCGCAACAUCUCGUUCGGCGCGUUGCCGUUCCAAAAAGGAACAUUGCAUUCGGAUGUGCUUGUGAACGAGGGCGGCGUCGAUCCAUUGAUUCGCGGAAUGUUCUCGCAGAACGUCAAGCGACCUCAACGAAUUACGACGACAGUCACCGAGAAUAUGUUCGGAUCCACCGAUUUGUCAUCGAUUAAUAUUCAGCGUGGACGAGAUCAUGGACAUCCGGCCUACGUGAAAUACCGAGAGCUUUGCGGAAUGGGUACCGCGACAAGUUUUGAUCAUUUUUCGCGCGAGAUUCUUAACACCGGCACACGCAACAAACUUCAGAAAGUUUACGGAACCGUUGAUCGCGUCGAUCUUUGGGUCGGUGCCCUUCUUGAAGAUCCCAUCAUUCGCGGAUUAGUUGGUCCCACCGUCGCGUGCAUUAUUGGUCCGCAAUUCAAGCGAACGAGAGACGGCGAUCGAUUCUACUACGAAAAUCCGGGCGUGUUUACGAGACGGCAACUCGUCGAAAUCCGCAAAAGCUCGUUGAGCCGCAUUAUUUGCGAUAAUACCAACACCAUUCAGAUGGUCCCACGCGAGGCGUUCCGUGUUGGGCAUAUGGUCCCUUGUUCACAGGUUCAAAGAAUGCGCAAACUAGUAAUCCCAAAAUACUACGGACGUCCCUCGAUUGGUUUGGCUCUAUUCGGCUGCACGAAUCGCCCAUUCUAUCAUAUUUGCGUAUUUCCGGAUCGUGCGCUUGGUCGCCGCUACGAGAGUAAUAUUCUAGAGCAGGUCGGCACAUUUGACCCACUGCCGAACACGCGCAACGAGAAGCUAGUGGCGCUAAACUACGGCCGCCUCAAAUAUUGGAUAGGCGAACGAAACGCGCACAUUUCGGUGCCCGUCCUCGAAUUGCUCGGAAUCGGCGGCCUGUUCCCGGUGCACCCGAAAACGCUGUUGCGCGCCAAAGACAAUCGCGAGAAAUUGGCGGCGCGGCAAACGGAAACCAUCGACGAGGUUCGUGUGUGA